AAAAAAGUACAAGAUGCACCUUGAAAAUCACAUUCGCUACUAUCCAUCACUAACAUUUUUCCUAACAUAUUCCCUCGAAUAUAAGAUACUAACAGUAAUUAAAUUAUAAUCCACUAACUACUCAUUCCACAACUGCACAAGGAUCACUCAUCCUCUUGUGUCUAAAAAUAGCACAAGCUCCCAUGCAUGUCCAUUCCAUCUCCAAAAGUAACCACCACAAAAACCCAUGAGCUCAUCUCACUCUACCACUUGUCUACUCCGCAGCCCAAUAACCACCAUUGUUUUCUCAUCUCGACAUGCUAACAGCCUAAUACUGCUAUUAUUCGUCUCGCUUCCCAUAUAACCACAGGUAUAACCGCCACGAGAGAGCUCUCUCCCACUUCUUCCUUCCUGCGCGCCUCUCCAAACCACCAUGGGAGCGGGCACCACCACCACAACCACCACAGAGCUAACCGCGGCGCGCCACCCCGCCGCCAACGUCGUCUCCGGCGGCUCAUCGGGCUGCCUGCCGUCCUCGUGGCCUUCUCUGUCCGGCGCCGGCGGCACGGGCAGGCGGCGCGGCUCCGCCGUGGUCCGGAGCCUGCAGCUCGUGGUGCGCGACGUCAGCCCCGCCGCGGGGUGGUGCGGCCACCGCGCGUGGCGGCGGCUGCUCCGGCGCCUGGCGCAGGAGACGAGGUGCAUCUGCAGCUCGUCGUCCCCGUCGGGCGCCGCCUCCUCCAGGCCCAUCACGUUCGGCUACGACGCCGCCAGCUACGCCAAGAACUUCGACGACGGCCGCCGCCCCGCCGCGCACUACGCCGCGCUCGCGCCCGCGCCCGCCGCCGGCGCCGCCAAUGCCGCCGCCCAUGAGCCGGCCGGCCGCUGACUCGAUCGCCUUCAAUGCCUGUUUGAUCUCGACCGGGUCUUGUGGUUGCUGAAUGCUGAGCGAUGUGCAUUCCUUUUUCUUCACCUUCUUCUUCUUUUUUUCCUUUUCUCUCUCUUUUAUUUUUGUUCUCUUCUCUCUUGCACUCCAUUGUCGAUGAUAUUGGUUGUUGCAGCAGUGACUUGACCAAUAGUCGGUACGUAAUUUUGUAAUCUGUACAUAGCAAGGAGAUAACAUAAGUGGAAUUUAGCCGAAUUUGCAUGAUUCACAUUUUUCA